GGAGUUGACAUGGGAGGAGCUGAGCAUUCAAAGCCACGCCCACCGACAGACAGACCGGUUGGACUGGAGAUGUCCAUCGCCCGAAGGCAUUUGACUCACCUGAGAGUUGUAGGAACGCACAUCUGCUCAAGACACCAACUAAGCUUUACGAGUGAUCGGUUACAUAAGCAAGCAAAGCAGAAAUCAGCCAGUUCAAUGUAGCAAGCCUGCAAGCACGAUCACUAAAGCGGGAGCUCAUGAUCGCCCUAUGAACAGCAGAUCUAAGGAGUUCAGAAGCCACGAGGGACGAUGAGGAACCCUGGGGCCGUGCUGAUUUUGACCUUUAUUGCCAAAUUAAUAUUGCAAGCAGCAGGUGUCAGUCCGCCAGGCAAACCCAGACUCACAAGCUGUCGCUCUCCAGAGAAGGAGACCUUCACAUGCUGGUGGGAACCUGGAGGUGAUGGAGGCCUGCCAACCACCUACGCCCUCUACUACCAUCUAGAAAACUCAGAAACGGUCUACGAGUGCCCAGAUUACAGAACCGCAGGCGAGAGCUCGUGUUUCUUCAACAAAAACGACACAUCGCUUUGGGUCAACUACAACAUCACUGUGGUGGCCACCAACGCCCUGGGGAAGAACAUUUCAGACCCCGUGGAGGUGGAUGUGGUCUAUAUAGUUCAACCAAACACUCCAGAGAACGUGACAGCAGUUGUGGUCCAUGAUGAACAGGGUCCGUUCGUGAGAGUGUCCUGGGAGAAACCCCGAACCGCAGACACUCGCUCAGGGUGGAUCACGCUACUUUACCAGCUACGAGUUAAACAAGAAAAAGAUAAAGAAUGGGAGGUAUAUGAUGCUGGCAUGCAGAAGUACUACAAUGUGUUCAGUCUUCACCCUGAUAAAGAAUACAUGGUGCAGGUGCGAUGUAAACCCGAUCAUGGGUUCUGGAGUGAGUGGACCCAAACCACCUAUGUCAAAAUUCCUGACUAUAUACCCAGAGAGCGUUCGCUGUGGAUCAUGAUCACGAUAUUCUCUGUCUUCAUCGUCCUCAUCCUCACCUGGACACUAAACGUGAAACGAAACAGUGUGAAGCUUUGUUUGCUGCCUCCUGUUCCUGGACCAAAAAUCAAAGGAUUCGAAAAACAAUUGCUGAAGAGCGGAAAGUCAGAGGAAGUUUUCAAUACUUUGGUGAUCCAAGGUUUCCCUCCAACCACCGAUUACGACGAGUUACUGGUGGAGUACCUUGAGGUGUAUGACAAUGAGGAGCAAGAGUUGGUACUGGAUGGUAAAGAUCUAUCAGAGGACUGCAUGAAGUCCAAAAGCCCGUCGGACAGCGACUCGGGCCGGGGAAGCUGCGACAGUCGCACUCUGCUUUUGGAGAAGUGCAUGGAGGGACGGGAAGGAAGUGGAAGUGGAAGCGAUCAACAUCAGUACAGCCAACAUGGAGAAACGAGCUGGGCUUCUACUGAAAGCAGUGAAAGCCAGGGUCCCGCACCCGGUUCUCCAGAGUCCGCCGAUGGACGCGGCAAAACCUGGCCCGUUGUGUUUUCGUCUCCUCAACCGCAAACUCACCAUCAUUACCAAGUGGGAGCUGCGAAACCGGCCUACCACAGCGUCCCAGAGAUCCUCAACCAUUCAUCGCCACACACGACGCCAAGCAACUAUCACCAGCUACACCAUCAGGACAUCCCGCAACAGGAGGGCCGCUUCAGUAAACCAGCCUGCCGACAUUCUCAAAGCUACAACCAGUUUAACCUGGACGGCGUCGGCACUCCUGCUCCUGGCGUGCCUCCGUCACCUUCUUUGGAAUACGUAGAGGUGCAAAGGGUCAACCCGGAGAAUAUGCUACUGCUUAGGCCGCUUUCGGACCCAAACCGCGAACCUGAGGGGUUAGAUUGUGCCGGGGAGGACUACAGUAAGGUCAAAGAAGUGACAAACAAUAUUUUGCUUCUGCAGAGGGAUACGUCCCAUCAGUGCGUGGACUAUUACAGCCAGUACUUGGACAACCAGGCUGAUCAAUGCACAACCCAGCAACCACCUCACCCCUGCAAACCUGCUGUCCACCAAUCGAACAGUAGGAUGCCACAUGAAGGCAUGAGGGUGAUGGGAAACGGUUAUGUAGAUUCAACAGUCUUAAUGCCAUCCUACUAGCACAUAGUGGUCCAAUGCAUGAAUGCAGCAAAAUCAAUAAGCCAACCACUAAACUGUCAACAGCUCAUGCCAAGCCCUGAAAGAAGCACUUUUCUCUACAGUGUUUUUUUCAGUGGAUUUAUAUUUAUAAAAAUAUUUACUUCUUAUUAGAUUGUAUUAGAUGUAAGGGUCUUGUUUCAGAGCCGAGGUCUGAACUUUUAUGUAAGCACUGUAAAGAGGCUGGACUCUUGAAAAUAAAUGUUCUUUGUUGGCUUUGAAGGUUCCAUGAAGAAC